AUGCUCGCACUUCGUUUUCUGCUGGCGCUUGCGCUAUGCAACUGCAUAGAGGCCAUCCGCACGAGACAAGGUGAGCUCGAGAGACAUUGCCCUGAAGCCACACGCCAUGAGGUUUCACGAACCCGAUUCCGGUUGGGUGCCAAGGAGCUGCCGGAUGUGCUGCUUUGGCAGGACUGGGUUCUGAAGGAAGCCCAGGACUGCACAGGGCCCCAGGUGGGGAACGCCACGGUGGUGCCGUGGGUCCACAGCGAAGAUCCACGAAACAGCUCCACAGUGUCCAUCCACGUGCAGGUCCAAGGCUUCUCCCAGUUGUAUGUUUGCCCAAGCUCGGGCGUCCAAUGCUUGGCAUCCAUCAAUAUCAGAGAGCACGGCUUGCGAAUUAGUGAUGUGCUGGGCUUGUUCAUCAGCAAAAAGACAGUCCACGCUGUACAGAAUUUGGACCCGACAGUCUUGUUUGUGUUCGAGAUGCUGCUGCUUGGGGCCUUAUCCUGCUUGCUGGUGAUUGUGAUUUGGUUCGGCCUGCUGCUGCAUGACCAGGGCCAUCACUGGGGCCUUCUGGAGGCCACGAAGGCCAGCCCCUUUCUGAAACUGCCCUCCUCCAGCGACAUCCUGCUGCAGGGGGCCAUCGAUGUGCUUUUCUUCGUGUUGGGCUGUGCCCUCUUUGUGGCUGAGGCGGAGCGCUUCUUCCAGAAGUACCCAGAUCCCAUACAGCUCGGCUACAUCGUGGUUCUGCUUUUCCCGCUGCUCUUCGGGAGUGUGGCAGUGCUGCGGAUUUGCUUGGCCACAGCACGAUGCCAGCUCUAUCACGCAUCUUUGCGGCAUGGCAUCGUGCUGAAGUUCCAGCACGCGCCCUCCUACUUCGACCCUUUGCUGCUUUGGUUCUGGAUGGGCCUGGUGCUCACGGUAGGAAAGGCGGUGCACGUGUUGCUGGUCAUCCGCGGGGACCUCACCGAGGAACUUUCUGCCCUGCUGGUUUUUAUGUCGCCCCUGUAUUACAUGACGUCUUCCAUUUUCGACAUUUUGCACUCCGAGAGAUCUGCUUUGGAGCAGCUCUGCACAGUUGUCCUGACGGACAUUGCCAAAGGAGAACCGAUCCACAUCGGCGAAGGCAUGAGCUGCAUGGACGACAGCACUUUCUGUCAGCUGGCGCGCGAGAGGCGGACCAUCUCCGCAUCCGACUGUCCGGACACGUCCGACGACGGCGCAGGAUCGAAUGGCUUCAACGUCACGGACCUCAGCUGGGUAGGGCCAUUGCUUGCAAACAGGUCCGGCUCCCAACGCUUGCAGCAUCUUCUCUUCGACCCUAUGAUGACACUGUCCAUCCUCUGUCUGGCGGUGCUGAGUGGUGCAGUGUGUUUGCACCAGCUGAUCCAUCAGCCGGAGCUGACCAAGUUGAGCGUCAUCGGAGGAGCACUCUCGAGCAAGUUCCAGCCGAACUAUCACGAGUACAACAUCCUGGUGGACAGAGGACAGACCAUGAUGGCCCUAGCUGCGGAGGCAGAUGCUAGAGAGGGCACUAUGCUGGAAAUGCAGGACUCGGGGUCCGCGCAGAAGGAGAGCAGCUCUGGGGCCAGCCUGGCACAGGCGGUGAGCCUGGCACAGGACCACUACCCCUUGAAUCUGAAGAUCGAUGCCUGGGACACCACGCAACAUAACACCUACGGUCUGCAAGUCUUGAAAUCUGGCUUUUUGCCGGAGUCGGUGACCUUGUGGGGCCACGACGUGAAAGGGCGGCGCUUUUAUCGGUGUUUGCCCUGGGGUAGCCUUUGGCAACGGCCCUCCAUCCACGUACCCUAUGAGCUGCAGGAGCUGAACAUGAAUAUCUCGAUCCGGCACUACGUCAUGGGAAUUCCACGUCGACUGCGGCCUGAUAGCUUCUCCACGCAGAUGCUCGAGAAUAUCUCCCAGCAGGAGUGCCAGCACUUCUUGCGCUUUUCUCCCUACGUCGCAGUGGGGCAGCACACGAAGGGCAACUGCUUCGCAGUGAUGCAGCCCACCUGGGACCUCUGCGGCUCCUCCUCGCUGCUGGAGACGGAGCACUUCCAGCAGCUCCACUCCGCUAGGUUCAGCAGCCAGCUGUGUCCUGGAGACAUGGCCUGCCUUUCUGCGGCGGACGUUGCGGAGCCCGUGCUCAGCUUUACCAACAUGUCGAUAAUGAGGCCUAAUGACCGUGAACAACGCCUGAGUGUACGACUCUCUGUUGAUAUGCGCGGCUCAACCUUUUCCAUCAUUGACGAAAUGAAUUUCUACGGAGCCCCAGACAUCCAUCUGCGGAAAGGCUGGCCGUUUGCGAAAGACAUCUUGGGCAUCUAUGUCUUUUCGGACACCGGGCCGGCUCUUUCUGUCAAGCCGAACGGGUUCCAGUGGUCGGUCACGAUCAAAGAUUCUGCCAGUUUCAAGACGCAGAAGGAUUUGAAUAUCACUGUGGUUUCCUCCGACCUUGAUUGCGAAGUAAUCAGCCUUUAUGGGAGCUUCCAUGCCAGCACCCUUGAGGAAGUGGAGACGCCGAAGGAGAUUUGCCUUUAUGACGUUUCCGCGAUGCCAUGCCCGAUGUAUGGCUGGAAGCCAACCAGGACAUUCCGAGUUGACCUAGAUAUGUUCCGGCGACUUUUGCUGAGUGAUGCUUACAAGAAGGCCCUCUACUUCCUCUCAGGUACCACCACCUGUUACUCCGUCCAGGAACAGCUCGGCCAGGAGCAGAUCACGGUGUCCCUGCGCCACGUUCCCGGCGUCAAGCUUGGUGCCUCGAUCCAUGUGCCCAAUCGACCUGGACUUAAUUGGCAUCUCAAUAGGAAAUGCACAUUUGACGACAGUCACCACGGCAAGUGCGAGAUCACCAUGUCGCAAUCAGGUAUCGUCAACAGCACGCAAGGAGACCUGGCCUACCUGAGCAUCAUCUACAAAGAUCCGGAUGUGGACUGCCUGGCAGAAUGGCAAUCAUGCUCGGACGGCAUGGAGGUGUUGCACCUGGAAAGCGCGCAUUUGCCGCCUUCUGCCUGCGAGUCCAUUUGGAGCUCAACCGACAAGGCGCUCUUGACCGAGGCCUGUGGAGGGUCCUGGGGCAUCUCCACGGCGAAGAUUCAGCUGGCGCCGCUGAACCCCAUGUACAAGCCGGAGCUGGUGAGCUACACCCAGGUGGAAGCGAAGCUACACUGCAACACCUUCAUUAAUCCGAGGAUCACCGUCGGCAUUUGGGCGUACGGCAAGUCUCCAGCUGGUGAGGAGGAGAGAGCAUCUCCAUCCAGGAGACACGCGCAGGUCAUUUGCACCUUGCGAGAAGGUCCAGCAGAACGAUGUGAGGAUUGGGGCAACAAUGGGGAGGAAACUUCUCCAUCCAGCCCAAAGUACAGUUCUAUCACGCUAGGUUACGAUGGUGAGAAGACGACUUUGCGGCCUUGGGAUCCUUCGCGCUGCCCUUUCGGAGCUGCUAUCUACAACCGGUUGAUCCAUUUCCCGAUCCGGCCAAAGGGCAGCGUCUUCGCCAUUUUUUGCUCGCUCCAGAGCUUAAGCCACCUUUCGGACACCUUGGGGCGCUGCGGCCACUUGAUCGGCGUGCUGAAUCCAGAUUCCUCACGACGGCCAAAGCCGGAUAUUGUUCACCGCUUUCUGCUGAGGCAUCCAAACACUACCUUGAUUUUUGAAGACAUCAAUGUCGCCAGCCUGGAGCGCUAUGAGCGGCUCCUGAGCCUGCCAGUUGACAGUAGGUAUGCCUUCCUCAUGGCUCUGCACCCCCGCUUGGGCGCGCAGAGCCCGGCUAGGCUACUCAAAGACGAUGCAGAGAAGCUCUGCAAUAACAUUUUCAAGUUCUUGGUGUGCACGACACCAUCCCUGAUGAAAACUUUGGUGCUUUGGCAUCCUGAACAGAGUCUUCAGGAGGAAAGUGACGGCAUUGGCACCUUCGACCAGGUGCUGAAGCAUAUUGACAUACUUCAGCGUUGGAGGAAGCCAAGAGUCAAGACAGAGAAGAAAUCAUCGGAAGGGGAGCACUCCGAGACCAACGAAAGGAUUUGGAUCUUCAUGGACAUUCGUACGGACAAAACGACAGGUGGAAAUCUUGAUAUGAAGUUUGUGAACGACAUGGCCAAGAUGGGAUUGCUAGCGAAGGAGCAGCUGAGUCUGACCCCGUGGUUCCCGAGCCAGGCGCUCUUGCUCUUUCAGUAUGCCUUGCAUCGCGAUGAGAGGCACGCGCCGUCGAGCGGGCAGUCAGAAGGAAUUCAGGGCGCUACGGAGCGUCGCGUCAAAGAGGAACGGAUGCGGAAGGAGCGAAUUCACCAACCACCGAGCCCUUUCAACAUGCCGGUUCCGAGCUUCGGUGGCUUCGGCUGCGGCAAUGGCCUUGCGGGCAGAAGCGACAUGCCUGCGGCCCCGGCUCCGGCUCCUUCGAUGCCUAUGAAAGGUGGGGGCUUCAAUGGCAUGUUGGGCCCAGACAUGGAGGACGGGGUGAUGAUCUGCUGCACAGAG